UCGCGAGAUUCACGUCGUCAGUGCGGAAAAGCUCGUUCCCAGAACAAAUAACUCCCGCUAAUUUCGUUUUCCCGAAGAAAAGGAAAAUAGCAAUUAUUGCCGGCUUAGCAAACAAAUAUAUUUAAGCGCGUGUGUGCUGGCAUUUCGCUUUUUUUUUGGAGUGCAUUCGAUCUUGGGGCCAGCAAAAGUGCUGAAAGUGCACCUGCACCUGUCUUACCUGAGCGCUUCAAGCCACAAAAGUGUAAAGUGCAGCGCGACUCUUUGCUUUUCCGUCGUUACCCACUUCGAUUUCGAGAUCCGCCAGAUUCAGCAAGAAUUCUGCGAGCGUAAGCGAGUGUUGUUAUUGCCGCCGCGCUCUAAUUGCCAGGUUUCGUGUGGAGAAUUCUUCAGCCGCUUCUUUUCAUUCUUCUUGGGACGCCCGCACCGCAAAUGAGCUGCCUGUAAAGAAGACCCAACAAAAUGAUGACGAUGACAGCAGCCUCGGCCUCAAUAUCCACAUCCACAUCCGCAUCCACAUCCGCCUCCGCAUCGAUAACCAACUCGGCGUCGACGGACUGCAGCAGCAGCAUGCAGGGAUCGACGACCAGUUCGGCGUCCAGCGAUGUGAUGACCUUGACGACCACGGCGGCCUCCUCGUGGUGCGCCAUUCCGGCGAGCUCCCGCCUCCGGGUCCUCCGGCUGGUGAGGCCGCACCAGAGGCGUCUGCUGGUCGGCGGACCGGAGAGGGGCAGCACCUACGGAUUCGCGGUGCGUGGAGGACGGGAGCACGGCACCGGUUUCUUUGUGUCCCACGUGGAGCACGGCGGCGAGGCGCAGCUGAAGGGCUUGCGGAUUGGCGACCAGAUCUUGCGGAUCAAUGGCUUUCGCUUGGACGAUGCCGUGCACAAGGAGUUCAUCCAACUGGUGGCUGGCCAGGAUCGGGUUACCCUGAAGGUGCGCGGCGUGGGCAUGCUGCCGGUGAGGGACCAACCGGAGGAGCGUUUGUCCUGGAGCGUGGUGAAGCUGCCCAGUGUGAGUGGCACACCCUCGGAGAGUUCCUUCAAGGGCGAGAGACGUGGCGCCAGCCGGGACAUCAGUGUGGUGCUCCAUGUGGCGCCCAGGACGAAGCUGGGACUGGGCAUCUGCAAGGGGCCCGAGUGGAAGCCGGGCAUCUUUGUGCAGUUCACCAAGGAGCGGAGUGUGGCCCGGGAGGCGGGUCUGCGUCCUGGCGACCAGAUCCUCAGCGUCAACAGCAUCGACUUCUCGGAUGUCCUGUUCAGCGAGGCCGUGGCCGUGAUGAAGAGCAGCAGCAAACUUGAUAUGGUUGUGCGCACGGCGGCCGGAUGUGAUCUUUUUCCGGGUGAAUCCAGUGGCUACAACAGCUCCGCCAGUUCGGUGACGGGGGAUCAGAGUCCUUGCUGGGCAGAUGCCAAGUCCAAGCGAUUGACAGCGGUCAGGGAGGAAUCCGGCGGAGGCCUAAACUCGGGAUCUGGAGUGGGAAAUGAAAAUGGAAGUGCCAACUGGUCGCAGGGCGUUGAGGUGCACAAGCAGAUGAACAAGACCAUCAUCAAGCUGACGGAGAACGGGACCUCUAUCAACAACACCUACGUAGCCAGUUCCGGUAGCAGUUCCGUUUCCGGAUCCGGUUCGUCCGCCAGCGGAACUUCCGGUCGCAGCCAGCAAUCGCAGUCGAAUCCAUCCCGCAAUUCAACCACCAUGAAGCGCAGUCACCUGAGGCCAGUUAAUUCUACGGGAUUAGCAGUGGGGCCAGGAUCAGGAUCACUAUCAGGAUCAGGAGGAGCAGUCGCUGCACCUGCUCCCCCGCCGCCGGCCAUCAAUGAAGGAGCUAGUCCCAGCGGCUCAGCGGGCAGCAGUCUCUCCAGUGCCAUAACCGAGGAGCUAAAGAAGCGCAAAGAGAAGCAGCAGCAGCAACAUCAGCAGCGCAACAAUCGCGAUCGAGAUAGAGAUCGAGAUGAAAACGGAAACUUGGGUCGUCAUCUGGCGGGGAACAAUGGGAAUGGAAUUGCCAAUGGAAAUGGAGGCCACCGCAGCUCCGGCGGACAAGUGUCGCAUCGCCCGCGGGCGAAUGUUGCUGGCGUGGCUGCAACAUUGCAGGGCAGCGAACGCAACAGCAAUUCGGGAGGCGGAGGAGGAGGUGGAGGAGGAGGAGGUGGAUCGAUUGGAGCUGGUGGAGAUCAGCACACGGCGCUGAUGGAUGAAUUCAAGCGGGCACAUCAGCGAAUGUUCAGGAACGGGUUCCAUGAGAGCGAGCACAAGGAGCGCGUUGAAACGCUAAAACGCACCUCCAUCAUGCCCGACGAGAGCUGUUAUCGGAAUAGUAUCAACAACAAUGGUUUCAGCAGCAACAGGAGCAACGGCAGCAACGCGAGCAACAGCAACACGAGCAACAGCAACGCGAGCAACAGCAACGCGAGCAACAAUAAUCGCCUGCAGCCCCAAAACGGAUUUAAUUCGGCGAAUGGCAAUGGAUCGCCGGAACUUCCGCCACCGCCACCACAGUUCGCCAAUCCCCAGCCAAAGCAGAUGCCGCCCCAGCAGCUCAAGCUGACGACCGGAAAUGGUGCGGCGAACGGAAACGGAAGUGGGAUAGGAUUGGGCAACGGCAGCUUGGCCAAGGUCAAGCAGCCCAUGUCGCCCAUGCGCAGUGCCAGCAUCAGUGUGGGCGGUUUCCGGCCACCAGCCACGCCCCAACCCGACUACGACGCCGUCCAGCUGAGAUCCCCUCCAGGAACUGGAACAGGAAAAGGAGCAGGCGCAGGAUUGGGACCCGGAUCGUCGGGACUAGCCACGAGUCAGCAGCAAAGGCGAACCCUGCGAUUGGGCACGGUGACCAUCGGAGGGUACGGGGAUCAGAGGACGACGGGAAAGCGAGAAACCCUGCGAAAAACGAACGGAGAGACCGGUUCCAAUGGGAUCUUGAAGAACGGAACCAACCGGAGCAGCGCCAGCUUCAAUCACGGCUCCUCCCACCAGCCGGAAAAGACCAUUAAAUUCGGCAACUGAUAGGGUCGGAUAUAGCCCGGAUAUAUGUAUACUUUUGUGCAAUAUGCCCAUGGAUUGAGGAUCAGAAUCAACAAGGAGAGUACAAAGAAUCGAACGCGCAGCUGCUUUCCAUAUACACUGGUCGGCAUAUGUAUUUUGACAAAAUAAAAGUUAAGUAUACUCAUAACUUGAAUUUACUUCUUGUAAACUAUAGGCAUCAAUGGAAAGGUAAUUUCAAUGCCGUU